AUGGCCAUCAGGUACCUCAAAAACCACGCUUUACGCGCGCUGAACCGUCACGUGGCCACAUAUAGCGAAAACGAGGCGCGAUACGUCAUCGUGGUUCCCGCGUUCGCGACAGACCGGGCAAAGUGGUUUGUUCGACAAGCGAUGAUGCAGGCUGGCAUUGAGGCCAACAGGAUAGCCCUUGCCUACGAAGGUGAAAUGGCGUCCCUGUGGGCUCAGCGCAUGCUUGGAUCCGUAUCCAAGAAAGGGACGAAGUAUAUGGUUGUCAACAUAGGUGGAGACGUUGUGGACAUUGUCGCCCAUCAGUCAGUAGACAACGGUCACGUGGAAUCAUUGGGCGCGCCUAGCGGUGGCUUGUGGGGAGGAGAGAAUGCAGUCACGUGUUUCCAGUCGUUUUUCUCACUUCUUUUCGGGCUGUCUGUAGUGGAGACCUACGCGUCGACUCAAUUGGCCAACUGGCUCUCUUUUGUGCAUAAGGCGAUGACGGAUAUAGAAAACAUGGAAGCUGGUGAAGCUACUCGGACAUUCACAAUCCCUAAAAAAAUAGUUGACAUGGCUUGCAAAAGUAAAGGCAUGUCAGACUCAUCAGAACUUGAAAAAGAGAUUUCAACUCCCAUUUGUGGCGGUCAUUUUGAACUCCAUGGCAACAGCUUAAAGGUGAUGGCUGCCGCCAUUGCAGGAAUGUAUCAGUUCACGGUCUUUCAUGUCAAAAACGCGGUGGAUACCCUCCUUACACACGUGGGAGCUUUCGAUUACGUGAUUGUUGUCGGAGGCAUGAGCAAGUGUCCGAUUUUCCGGAAGCAACUACAGGACCGGCUGGCCAAAGUGUCAUUUCCGGAAGACGGCGACGUGUUCACUGUUCAAGGAGCAGUUUUGUUCGGUAACGACGAAUCGCUUGUGAGAUCGCGAUACGUGUCAGUUACAUAUGGACUCCACAUGACGGUCCCUUACGACGAAUCAAAACACAAGGAAGGCAACACAGUCGAUAUAAAUGGCAUUAAAAUGUGCACCGAUAGUUUUCAUCCGAUUAUCAGAGCUGGAAGUAAAUUGAAGUACGAUGAAUCGAUUCACGAAAAUGACAUACCGCUGUCUGCAGACGACAAAGUACAGGAAGUCAAAAUAGUCUCGUGUGGUCUGGUUCCCAAUCUUCCUACUCUAGCGACUCACUUUUCUGUUAACCGGGAAGCAGUUAUAAAGUUUCCUCUUCCGUUUGGAUGCCAGGUGGAGAACAAAGCGUUCGAAAGGGUCGCACAAGUUGGGGGUACCGAACUCUCGUUUAAGUUCACGUUCAAAAAGGGACCACGAGAAACAUUUGUACGGUAUUUGGAAUAUGAGUGA